GGCGGCCGUGGUUUCCUCUCUUCUCGCGAUACUUCUUCUUGAAUGAAUUCAAACAUGGCGUCGGCAGGAGAGGCGGGCAGCAGUGUAGUAACUGAAGCAGACACAGCGAAGAGUGAGGCUGCGUUCACUGAGCUUCCUGUCAGCAUGGACACACAGUCAUCCAGUGGCAAGGAAGGACUGGAAACGGCGGGCAACGCCUCCGAGGCAGCCGAUACCCUCACCGGGUCGGGGGACGAGGAAAACGGGAGACAGUUGGGCGAGGUGGAGCUGCAGUGCGCCUUGUGUACAAAGUGGUUCACCGCCGACACGUUUGCAAUCAACACGACGUCUUGUCUUCCCUUCAUGACCAACUACGUGUUCCACUGCAACGUUUGUCAUCACAGCGGCAACACGUAUUUCCUCAGGAAACAAGCCAACCUAAAGGAGAUGUGUCUCACAGCACUUGCUAACCUGACCUGGAGGUCCAGAACCCAAGACGAACACCCAAAGACCAUGUUCUCUAAGGACAAGGAUAUCAUUCCCUUUAUUGACAAAUAUUGGGAGUGCAUGACGACCAGACAAAGGCCUGGAAAGCUUACCUGGCCAAACAACAUUGUGAAGACGAUGAGCAAAGAGCGAGACGUUUUCCUGGUGAAGGAGCAUCCUGACCCUGGCAGUAAGGAUUCAGAGGAGGAGUACCCCAAGUUUGGCUUGCUGGACCAGGACCUGGGUAACAUCGGACCCUCAUACGACUCGCAGAAGCAGUCCGCUGUGACGCCCACCGCAGGAGGCCUAAACGGUGGAUCCACUUACUCAGGCGCCCUAGCUCCGGUGCCUGGAAAAGGACGAGGAGCCAAGCGUAAACAACAGCAGCAGCUGCAGCAAGAGGGCGCCACUGCAGGAGCCACCAAGAGGACUCGCAGUGACCCGCUAUUCUCAGCCCAGCGACUUCCCCCCCAUGGGUACCCACUCGAGCACCCUUUCAACAAAGAUGGUUACCGUUACAUACUGGCAGAACCGGACCCCCACGCUCCCGACCCGGAGAAACUGGAGCUGGACUGCUGGGCCGGGAAGCCCAUCCCCGGUGAUCUGUACCGGGCGUGUCUGUACGAGAGGGUGCUGCUGGCUUUACACGACCGAGCGCCGCAGCUGAAGAUUUCGGACGACCGCCUGACCGUGACGGGCGAGAAGGGCUACUCCAUGGUGCGAGCCUCUCACGGCAUCCGGAAAGGCGCCUGGUACUUUGAGGUGUCCGUGGACGAGAUGCCUCCUGAGACGGCGGCCCGUCUCGGCUGGUCUCAGCCGCUCGGUAACCUGCAGGCGCCGCUGGGCUACGACAAGUUCAGCUACUCGUGGCGUAGCAAGAAGGGCACGCGCUUCCAUCAGUCCAUUGGGAAACAUUACUCCUCAGGAUACGGUCAAGGAGACACGCUGGGCUUUUUCAUCCAGCUGCCAGAUGACACGGAGACAGCCAGGGCGCUUCCGGACACCUACAAGGACAAGGCGCUCAUCAAGUUCAAGAGCUACCUGUAUUUCGAAGAGAAGGACUAUGUGGACAAAGCGGAGAAGAGUCUGAAGGCCAUGAGCCCCAGCAGGAUGGUGUUCUAUAAAAACGGUGUGAGUCAAGGCGUGGCCUUUGAGAACCUGUUUGAAGGAAUCUACUUCCCUGCUAUCUCUCUUUACAAGAGCUGCACGGUAUCCGUCAACUUCGGGCCGCAUUUCAAACACCCGCCCAAAGACGUCCGUUACAAGCCGGUAAGAGCUCGCCUUGACUGGGGGCUUUCACCGACCUUCAUUUCUUCAACACUUUCUCCCCUUCCCCAGAUGAGCGACAUGGGCUGGGGCGCCGUCAUCGAGCACACGCUGGCCGACACGCUCUACCACGUGGAGACCGACGUGGACGGCCGACGCAGCCCGCCGUGGGAGGGAUAAGCGCCUGCGGGAGAAAGGCCAAUACGCAUGCACACACAGCCGUAAAAACAGGCAGUUCACUUUAUUAGAAUUAUUUACACUCAAGUUGGUUCAUUUUUAUUUACAAUACAUUCAAGGAGAAACUGAAUUAGCGUGACAUGAGAAAACAUUCCUCAACUAUUGGACUUAGCAUUCGUGGUCAACAUGCAGUCGGUGUGUUUCGUGUUUAAGUCUUGCUGCUCCCGCCGUCUUCUCGCUGUGUUUUUUUUAAUGGACGCAAAUAAAAAUAUGCUACAUUUUG